CGCAUUCUUCACUCUCUACUAGACUCGCCACGUUACACAGGCAUAGCGAAUCUGAUGACGGUACAUUUCACCGAAAGACCUUCUCAUAGCCUGGCCCAGCAGCUGGAGGAACGACCCACGCAGAACAAGAACGAUCUCCCCGGCCAUGGAUUUGGAGAUGCCCCUGCCUCCACAGUUGUCACACACGUUAAGCUCGAACGAUGCAGAUUCUCUGCGUGAGUUAGGGCUACUCGACUUUCUGGAACACGAUCCGCGGCCAACAUUUGUGCUGGAUAUCACAGACGCAAGAGAUUCGUUCAUUAGACUCAAGUUUGUCUAUGGGAAUACGGCGCUAGCAACUGCAGGGUCGGGUUCAUUACAGGACGCCAUAACUGGAAUUGACAUCACGGCCGAUAUUAUUGGAGAAGACGCAGCGUCUUUCUCGCAAUUUCGAUACUGGUCUUAUCAUCAAGGUUCAACUUCAAGCGAAUCUAUACCGUUUUGUAACUACAGCUGGAGGAGAUGUCUGAUCGCAAAACGUUGGGUCGUCAUCAGUGGCACAUCCAUAGAAUCCUCCAUUCUAGACGAAGAACUGAAGGCAGACGGAGGAAUACUUUCCAAGAAGAGCUCAAGACCGAACUUCGCGACAUUCGACUGGACCGAUGAUCCUCCUCCAGUAAAGUUAUCCUCUCAUGUUGCUUGGGCACGCAGUAUCGACUGGGCAAGUACUCCUUUAGGACCUAUGAGAGGAUGGUCUCCACAACUGCGCAGCAAUGCUAGCUUGAUUAUGCAGGACCCACGACCGGCCGUUGGAUUCUAUGGACCUGAACUCAUCAUGAUCUAUAACGAACCGUAUAUCGAGCUUCUUGGUGGUCUUCACCCUUGUAUGGGUCGUAGUGCUCGAGUAGUCCUGGCUUCGGUUUGGGAUGACUACUUCGAGCCAAUCAUAGAGCGGAACAAGGCUGGCGAGACUGUCGACAAUUCUUAUACUGAACUCCCUUUGAAGCGUAACGGCUACGUGGAGGAGACUUAUUUCUCCACUCGAUUUAUACCGAUAUUCAACUCUGAAGGCGCAACGAUUGGCCAUUACGAACCUGUCGUUGAAAUUACUAAGGAGGUGAUUUUGGAGAGACGUUCGCGGACACUUCUGGAAUUGAGCCAAGAGCUACCUCGAGCUCACGAUCCUGACGCCUAUUGGGAACAUGCUGUCCAAGUGUUCUCUCGCAACAACAAAGAUGUCCCAUUUGCGUUGUUCUAUUCCACAGAGAUGGACAGCAACAGUGGGGACUCGACCGGCACGAACAAAGCAGCUGACAGCCUGCAUCAAUGUGGGCUUCGACGUUCCAUUGGAAUACUUGAAGAGCCAUCUGCCGGUCUUCAACGACUCGAUCUACGCCAGGAUCAUGGCAUCAUCAAGCUCUUCAAACAAGCCGCGAUUGCGGAUAAGCCGAUCACUAUAGACCUCACUGAGAACUCCGAGGCAUCACAAUUGGCGAAAGGGCUGCAGCCGCAAAGUUCAGGUGUGGUAUGCAAAGUCGCUGUCAUUUGUCCUUUGCACCCUCUGUCUUCAAAGGAAACCAUACUUGGUUUUAUGGUGCUUGGUCUUAAUCCUCGACGGCCGUAUGAUGAAGAGUACUCACAAUUUGUUCAUGUAGCGGCCCGUUUAGUUUCGACAUCACUGACUUCCAUGGUAUCACAUCAGGAAGAUAUUGGACGCCGAGAACGUGCCAUCACUACUGCUGAGCUCAUUAAAUCAGAGCUUAGGCAACAGCUAGUCGAGUCCCAGAAGGAGGCAGAUCGCGGACAUUCGAAGUUCCAGCGUUUCGCGGAGCGCAGCAACAUCGGAAUCUUUAUCGUUAACAUGGAAGGCAUAUUUUCCUAUCAAAACGAAGCAUGGUACGACAUCUUGAGCCCUGAUGACCGGGAUAUUGCUCUUGACGAAGCGUGGAGAGAACUCGUCGAUGAAGAGUACAUCCCAUUGGGCCAGGCUAAAUUCGAGGCGCUUGCAGUGACAAAAGAACCCCAGUCUUUUGAACUGCGUCUGAAGAACACUUGGUGCACCACCACCAGCCGUAUCGAUGAUUCAUUACCUGAGCAACAGCGCAAAUGGGUUUUGUGCUCGAUUUUUCCUGAGCUAUCCGAGGAGGGUGAAAUUUUAGAAAUCAUCGGCUGCAUAACGGAGAUUUCUCAGCAGAAGUGGGGUGAGCAAUUGCAAGCAAUGCAAGCCACACGAGCCAAGGAGUCGAAACGACAACUCGAGAGCUUCAUCGACACGACGUCGCACGAGAUGCGAAAUCCGCUAUCCGCAAUUAUUCAGUGUGCUGACAGCAUUAUAUCUUCCUACAAGACCCUGCAACAGUCAACAUGUGAUGAAAACUAUCAAAGAACAUUGCUUGCUGCGGUCGAUUCUGCCGAGACGAUCGUCCAGUGCUCCAAGCACAUGAAGACUAUAGUGGAUGAUGUCUUAACUAUAUCCAAAUUGGACUCUGGUCUCUUUGCGAUGACCCCGAUCGAUGUCCAACUCGAGUCAACUGCACAAGAUGCGGUCAAGAUGUUCGAGGGAGAGGCCAAGUCAGCCGGUGUAGACCUGCAAUUCCAUAUCGACGAUUCCUGCAGGGAACUUGGCGUUGUCAACGUCUCGCUGGAUCCCACGAGAGUUCUACAAGUACUCAUUAACCUACUUACCAACGCCAUCAAAUUCACACGAUUGGAAGCCAAGAGGCAGAUUCUGGUCAGCUUAAGCAUAUCACUUGAGCGACCCACCCACAAUGCCGACGGACGGGUUGCAUACAUACCAAGGUCAGGCGGCUCGGAGGCCAAAACGUUACAGGCGGAUUGGGACCAGGGUCAGAGUGUUUUCGUACGCUUUUCAGUACAGGAUACCGGUACCGGCAUGACCGAUGCGGAGCAUCAACUUCUCUUUACACGCUUCUCGCAAACAUCGCCGAGAACGCACAUCGACUAUGGUGGCUCCGGACUGGGUCUAUUCAUCUCGAGAAGAUUAACAGAAAUGCACGGCGGUGCCAUCGGUUUCACCUCACAGAAAGAGGUGGGCAGCACUUUCUCCUUCUACGUGCAGAGCCGCAAGAGCAACCCCACUUCAUUGCGACGAGAGAGUGUCGAAGAGAGCUCAGCCGCGGUUGAUCUAAGCCUCAAAACCCACAAGACCGUUUUGCGCAGCAAAUCGUACAGCGAAGAGAACACCCCGCACGCAUCGCGUACAAACACCCCGGAGAGGACCGUUCCCGAUAGCGACUUACAUAUCCUCAUCGUUGAGGAUAAUCUGGUCAAUCAACGCGUCCUGGCGAAGCAACUGCGUAAUUUGGGCAUGCAUGUUGCAGUCGCCAACCACGGUGGCGAAGCUCUGAAGUACUUACGUACAACGAACUACUGCAACGCAGAUGGGUCCGGGAAUGAGCUGAACAUGAUCCUGAUGGAUUGGGAGAUGCCAGUGAUGAACGGGCUCGAAUGUGUGGCGAACAUCCGGAAAAUGCAAGGAGAAGGUGAUGUAAAUGGGCAUGUCCCUGUUAUAGUAGUGACGGCAAACGUCAGGUCAGAGCAGGUCGAGAUUGCUUUACGAGCUGGCAUGGACGAUGUUAUCUCGAAGCCUUUCAGGAUACCGGAGCUUCGUGCUUGUAUACAGAAGACACUGCGCAAUACAGCGCCAGCCGAACAUAUGACGAUAGGGUAACGCUGGUGUUAGGUAGUAGUCUGAUGGUUACUGAGAAUUGAU